AUUACCUACAACAAGAUGAAAGGACUGUUACUCAUCACUAUCGCCUGCUUGACGACCUCCAUCUUGGCAGCUCCUGCUCCUGAACCCGCUCCAGAGCCAUCUCCUGCUCCUGAACCUGCUCCCUCUCCAUCGCCCAGCAUUGGAAUAGGAAUUGGUCAUGGCUACGGCGGAUAUGGCCUGGGAUUGGGUCUAGGAAUCGGGCACUAUGGAGGACUCCUUGGCCACGGCUACGGCGGCCACUACGGAGGACUGGGUCUGGGAUUGGGCUUCCAUGCACCGAUCAUCUCCAAGACGAUUAUCGGCAAGAGCUACUUGGGCGGCUACGGCUAUGGCCUUGGCCACGGAUACCUCGGAGGCUACGGUCAUGGACUAUACGGAGGACACGGUCUGGGUCUGGGAUACGGACUGGGAUAUGGCUAUGGCCAUGGUUGGUAGAGGUGCUUCCAAGUCAAGUAAAGUUCAACCAAGUGGAGCCGAGACGGGCGUGCAACAUGUGAGAGUUUUCAAUCAAGUCAUAUACUUCGCAGUUCCC